CACGAAAAUACUAGUAGGCGGGACUACGAGAAGAUUGGUCUGGCCAAGAUGAUGUGUCGGAUGCUGCGGAUAUAAAUGUCAAGCUAAGGAACACGACUAAAUGGUGAUGUGAAACACGGAUGCGGUUUUCUUACGCUUGGCUGACGAAGCAAGAAGAGUGACAAUCACAUAACAGGCAACUCAACGGGGACUAUGUCGGAGACGCAACGGAAUAGAAAUAAAUGCAUAAUUAACGCAAAACAUCCGUUAUAAACUGUUUUACUAAGAUCCUUUAGUGGGUAGUAGUCUCAGUAUUGUUCAACAGUUUGAUUCGACGAAAUGUCUAGCGUUUCAUGUUUUCUCUUUUGUGUUCUUUGUAUAACUAUAUUUGACAAAGUGCAACUCACAAAAACAGAAGAUGUUCUGGAUAAGAUAAAGGCAGGAUUACAGUAUGCAAGUAAUUAUCUGGAAACGGCAAAAGAUAUUGCAGAUUUGGUGUCCAAGAGUUUAGGUCAUAAGCAAAAACAAAAACGAGGAGAAGAUGGAAAUGAUGAAAAACAAUCGUUCGGUCCUUCAAAUUUUGUUUCUGCUUUCUUUCGACUCAUUGGAUUUGAUUCACAAAAAGUCGCAGCAAUCGCAGUUAAUAGUGUUGUAUUUCUUGCACAGAUGAUAGGUACGCUUUUUGGACUGAAAUCAACGCAAAAUAAUAUUGCCAGAAAUAAGGAUGGCGAAGAACUGGCUUGGGAUCCUUUAAAAUUUACUUUGGAAAAUAAAAAUGAAAAUAUUCGAAAUUUAGUUAAUCAAGCAAGGAAUCCGAAUCUACCGAAUCAGUUAAUAGCGAGAAUGACUGGUUCUGAUUCUGCUUGCAUUCGAUUAUUAUUAUGCAAAUCAUCUCCGAUCAUAAAAGCAGCGCAAACCUCUCUCAAUAAUAAAUUGCAGAAUUAUAUGCAUCGAAUGAUUGCGUGGUUACCGUCUAAAGAGGAAUUUGAAAGAAACGGCGAUGAAUGUGAAGAGAAGCAUACUGAUUGCCGUUUAUUUUUGUCGUAAUAGUUAUUACCAUUUCAAGAAAGUUAUAGGAAACGAUGAAAUAUUCGUAUUAGAAAAGUCAGAGAUAUAUUUCUGUUAAAGUCAGAUAAUAAUUAUUUCCACCAAUGUUUUGCAGAUAUAAUUGAGUUUCUUUUUCUCUUUUAUAUUACAGACUAAAAUAAUGUUUCGAAGAUUAACGAUAUUUUUACUCUUUGCAU